GUCACCUCCCUCAGCGGGCGCCGGCACCCGCGUCCUCCCCGCGACACAGCAUGGCCGGGGCGGCUCCGGGGCCGCCGGUGAAGGUGCUGGCCGCCCAGCUGCGGGGCGCGGUGCGGGGUGCUGGUGGGACGUGGCAGUUGGGCCGGGCGGAGGCGGGCCGGGCACCGCUGUGCCUGCGGGCCGUGUGGAUGCAGGGCACCGUGCUGGAGGUGGAGCGCGGCGGCGUCCGCGGCGGCUCGGCCCGGCUGCGUGAUGACAGCGGCCCCUUCACCGUGCUCGGGGUGGAGGAGGUGCCCAAGGGGCGGCCCUGCCUCAGCGCAGGGAAGUAUGUAAUGGUGAUGGGUGUGGUGCGGUCCUGCAGUCCUGAGCCUGUGCUUCGAGCCAUAAAGAUGACAGAUCUUUCUGAAAACCCCGUGCACAAGGAUAUGUGGAGCCUCGAAGUGGAGGAUUUGCACAGAGUCAUCCCCUAGAUAUUUUUUCUUCUGCCAAAAAAAAAACGGAAAUGUACUUUUUUUCUCCCCCCCCCCCCCCCCCCCCCCCCGCUGCAGAGCAUUGAGCCAUUCUGUGUAUUUGCAGCUUCAGAUAAUUGCCAGUUACUCUCCUGGAGUAAACCAAGGUGAGAAAGUCAGGCUUGGAGUUAAGUGGAGGGAUCAGUGCGUAUCUGAUAAUAAUCAGUGUACGUCUCUUUCACAGUCUCUUUUUAUACCAACAGAAACACUUGAUGUGCUAAGAUGUCUGUGCUAUUAAAAUUACUACAGUUCUACAUAUAUUAGUUGCUGUUUCUAGGCCCAUGUUUAGAUAGUUGUUCCUGUAGUGGUGUAUUCUUGGCAGCAGCGGCUGAACAGAACUCAUGUUACCAGGUGAAUUCAAUACAUGAAAUGAAGGCAAAAUGCAUUUCAGUCCAUCUAGGUUGGGGUUGGCAAGAGCAUCUUCACCUGUUUUCUCUUUCAGUAAUAACAUGUCAGCAAAUUCUACUUGUAAGACAGAUGUCUUUUUCUAAGUGUAAAAGCAGAGUCUUGUAGCUAAACGCCACUCUGGUUUCUGUGUUUCUGAAAGUGGUACAGUGAUAACCCCUGUGUUCCAGCGAAGCGAGAUUAGCUGAAAAGAUGUGAUGCAGGAUUCCUUGGAAUAGGUUCUCAAGAUGCAAAUAACUUCUACUACCUCAUGAAACAAGCUUGCUAAGCCUAAGUGUAUUUUUCUCUUUAAAGGUUUCCUUUCUUGUUUCAAGCUAUGUUAUUUUUAGUUGUUUACAUUAUUCUUAAAUAUAUUUUAAUCUUUCUUUCCUCCUGUGGAAAAAAACCUCAAACUCAAACAAACCAAACCCCAUAUAAAUGAUGAAAUCUGAUAAAGGAAAACCUUUCAAAAUCA